CCUUUAAUCAAUAAAGUUCAUUCUUUUUUACUUUCAUAUUUUCUUUGUUUUUUAUUCUCUCAAUCUCUCUUUAUUUUAUAACAUUAUUUACAUGUGUAUAAAAUUUUUUCCUUUUUGGUAAAUGUAAACAACAAUUUACAAGAACAAAUUCAUAUGUAGAUUGUCUUUAAUGUUUUUUUCUUUGUAGAAUUUCUUGAAUCUCUAUAGUGAAUCAUCAAACAUGUGUAAUACUUCAUCAUUCGAGAGGGCCAUUUUGGUUAAUGCCUUAGCAAUAUUGUUGGCCUCCCUGGGAAGAUAUCUCAUCGACCACUGCUUUUCCUUAGUUAGAAUCUAUUGAAUCCUCUUGAUUAAAAUAGAGAUCAAUCCUACAAAUUUACUAUCACUAAUAGCUAAAUUAGAAUACAUCGACUGACCACACAAUUUUAUGCAUAAUAUAAGUACUGAUAAUAAAAUUGGACGGACUUAUAUUAUAUAUUUUAAGCUAAAGAACUAAUUUAAAAUAUAGGCAUUAAUUAAAGGAGGAAGUAAUCCUUACAGGAUACAGGAUACAGGAUACAGGAUACAGGAUACACGAGCCUGGAGACAUAUGUUAUAUACAGUACAAAGGACGUUGCUGCAGUUUCAUUGUAUUUUCCUUCGCCGAAUUACGGCUUUGUUUAGCUUAGUCUUCCAUUAACAGUUGAUUCUUUUGAAGAAUCUAAUUACCCUUUUUAUCCUCCGUCAUGGUUUGUCCGGAAACUUCCUCCGACGAACCACUGACUCCCGCCGGCCGCCUUUUUCUUCAGCCGGAAACAGACGUCGUCAUCCAUUGUAUCAUCCGCGGCAAAAACCCCGCCGACAUGGAUGCUAUAAAAUCGGCAAUUAAGUCUUCCUUGAUGGUCCAACAUCCCAGAUUUUGCAGCUUGUUGGUUCGUGACAAGAACGGAUUCGAGCACUGGAGGAAAACCCCAAUAGACAUUGACCAACAUGUAAUUGUCGUCAACAACCGGCUCGAUAAAUCGGGCAAUUUCAUCGACGAAACCCAAGGUUCCACCACCACCGAAGAAGACGAUGAAGCGGCAGUGAAUCAGUACGUGGCGGAUUUGUCAGUGAGCAGUCCUUUGAGUACGGACAAACCCUUGUGGGAAUUACACGUCUUGCCGGCGCACAAAUGCGCCGUUUUCAGGAUCCAUCACUCUUUGGGUGAUGGGAUCUCUUUGAUGUCCAUGUUGAUGGCCAAUUGCAGGAGGACGGAUGACGCCGAGGCGCUUCCCAAGAUGGUUCCCGAUAAGAAGACAGUAAUUAAGGGCGAGAAAGGAAGGGAUUGGUUCUGGUUGGUUGGUGUCUUGUGGUGGUUCUUGAAGAUAGUUGUUUUCACCUUGUUGUUUUCGGUGGAGUUUGUACUAAGGAGCUUGUUAGUUUCCGACGAGAAAACGGCGAUCACUGGCGGUGACGGGGUUGAACUCUGGCCGAGGAAAUUGGCUACUGCUAAGUUUUUGCUUGACGACAUGAAGCUGGUCAAAAGGGCCGUUCCCGACACUACCAUUAAUGAUGUCCUCCUUGGAAUGGUCUCAUCUGGGCUCUCUAGGUACUUGGAUCAUCGAACCCCAAAUGCUUUGCAUGAGGGUCUACGUAUAACAGGGGUAGCCAUGGUUAAUAUAAGACCACAACCAGGGUUGCAGGACCUGUCCAAGUUAAUGAAGAGCAACACAAAAGCACGAUGGGGCAACAAAUUUGGUGUAAUUCUAAUUCCAGUUUACUAUCACAAAGGUGGCAAUGAUCCUUUAGAGUAUUUGAAGAGAGCAAAGGCCACGGUUGACAAGAAGAAACACUCUCUAGAGGCUUAUUUCUCAUACAAAAUUGGAGAUCUCGUAAUGUCAUUGUUAGGACCAAAGUAUGCUUGUAUGCUUAAUUACAAACUUCUCUGUAAUACUACCUUCACGCUCUCAAACGUAGCUGGCCCUCUAGAGGAAAUUUCACUUGCAGGCAACCCUCUCUCUAGCAUUAAGGUCAAUACAUCAAGUCUACCUCAGGCAAUAACAAUGCACAUGUUGAGCUAUGCUGGUAAGGUUGAAAUGCAAAUUCUAGUAGCUAAAGAUAUCAUCCCUGAUCCAGAGUUUCUUGCUAAAUGCUUUGAAGAUGCCUUGCUUGAAAUGAAGGAGGCUGUAUUAAGGACCAAUAAAGCAUAGGCAAAACAAUAAUUAUUUUUUUAAAACUUUAAUUAAUUAGUGUACAAGAUAAAUUCAUUACGAAUUUUCCAUACAUAAUUACGUUUAGGGUGUGUUUAGUAUUGCUUUUAAGAAAUACUUUUGAGACAAAAAGUAUUUUUUUGACAAAAGUAUUCCUUAAAAAAAUACUUUUUGAGACGAAAAGUGUUUUUCUCGAGCCAAAAAUCAAACUCUUUUAUCCUUGUUCUAUUCUAA